CUGCUCGUGGUCUGAGCACAAUGGAUCAAGUUACCUCACCGGCACAGACGGAAGCGGUCCGAGCUGUUCAACUUCUACGCUGGGUGAAAAACAUACUGUCAAUUGUAGGCCUUUGGCCGCUUGAUAUCAACGAUAGGCGGUUUGUCUUCAGCCUGAUCUGCAUGGUGGUUCACAUAAGUUCGGAAUACGCCGACUUGUUCCAUUUUAUCGGCAGUCUUGAACACGUCGUGACCAAUCUCACAGAGACAAUAGCAUUCAUGGUGGCCACGUCCCAACUGGCAUUUCUCCGUAUAAACAGUCGGGAGUUCAGAGAAGUGAUCUGCACGGUUCAGGACAACUUUCAGAAGGAAAAUCACCAAAGUUCUAAGGAGAGAAGAAUUCUCGCGAAAUACCAUGAUAAAGCUAGGAUGAUCAUUCAGCUCAUGGCGUUAGUGCAAAUUUCCUCCGCUGCCAUCUGCUAUCUCGCACCCAUUACUAACAUCCUAAUCACAAUGAAUAGGAAUGGAACGUCAGAGUUGAAUCUUCCGUAUUACUCACGUACUUUCUACGACCUGUCAAAAAUCCAUUCAUACGUAUUGACGUAUGCUGCUCAGUUUCCCUUCACCGUUGUCAUGUCUGUGGGCCUGAUCGGUCCCGAAUAUCUGAUAGUAUUCCUGAUACUUCAUGUCUGCGGCCACUUGUCAAGCUUGGUGGAACGCAUCAACAACAUUCGUACGAACUGUCAAGUAUGUCAUCAGGAAAUAGAGGAACUUGUGAGGAGACACAUUCGGCUGAUAUGGACGGCGAUGACUUUGAAGAAGGCCUGCAGCGUUCUCUUAUUGACACAACUCAUCGGAGGAAUGCUUAACAUAUGUUUCGUGUCCUACCACGUUUUAUUGAAUGCUGCGGAAGGACAAACAUCUAGUUUUAUCAGUUUUACGGUGUACAUACUGUGCACGAUGUCCUUCGUAUUCAUCAACUGCUACGUUGGCGAGAGUCUUAUUCAAGAGAGUGACAGAGUACAUCAAUCAUUCAGCGAGUGUCGAUGGUACGAAAUGUCAACCAAGCAUGCGACAUGGAUGGUAAUAUGCAUGGCCAGAGCGCAGCAGCCACUUGUAAUGACAGCUGGGAACCUCUACACGUUCUCUUUCGCCAGCUUUAUGGAAAUAAUCAAAACAUCAAUGGCAUAUCUGUCAGUGCUGAGGACCCUCAUCUGA